UUGAACAGUACACUCACCUGCUGCUCAGGGCUAUCUGCUUGUGACGUCAUCGCGGACAAACGUACAAUGGAGCUCUUCUGCCACCUGAUGGACAAGAGAGAAAGUGCAGUCUGCAUGUUCACGCAUACACGCUGCUGGAUCAUCGCGCACGCGCCUGAGAAACAGCGAGAUGAUGGAGCGACAUUAGCUAUAGCGUGCACGCGCCCUGGCAGACGUUCCAUUCUGUCGCUGCUUGGCAUCAUCCACCUGCAGUGGCCGUCGUGUACGUUCCCUCCCUCCCUCCUUCCGCGCACACGCAUGCACCUUGCAGCAGUGUCAGCGAGGCGUCGAGUGGCUCCAAGACCGUAGAGGAGCACCACGACGCGGCCAUACGGUGGACGAGCAUGACGGUAAAAUGAACGCUCGGCCGCCAUGUCUAAAAACACGGUGAAGAAGCUGCACUGGCGCUCCAAGGUGCAGGAGAGCUUCGUGCCGCUGGGCAGCAGCUCAGGUGAGCUGGGGCUGGCCAUCGGUGGCGGAGCCGACUAUGGAGAAUUUCCUUUUGUGACAGUGGCUCCUGAGGGCGGGGCCACUGUGGGCGACAUCAUCUUGGAGAUUGGCGGCACACCCGUGUUAGGGAUGACACUUGGCGACGUGCGAGGUGUCCUCAACUCCUGCCCUCAUCCAAUCAGGAUCAAGACCGUCUCACCAGGUUCGUCACUGUGCAAAGAUCUUCGCUUGUACCUCAGUAAGUGUUUCACUCCAUCGUCCAUGGACAGUCAGCUACAGCAGCUCAUACGAGAGAACCUCUAUCUGCGCGCCGUGCCCUGUACGACUCGGCAACCUCGCGAGGGUGAGAUCAGUGGAGUGGACUACAACUUUGUGUCCAUCGAAGAGUUCUUCUCUCUGGAGGAGUCGGGAGCGCUGCUGGAGAGUGGAAAGUUCAAAGGCAACUACUACGGGACGCCCCGCCCUGUCCACAUAGGGCCCGACAGUCCCCCAAUCACAUAUCAGGAACAUAGAAACCUUCUGAGGAACUUCAGGACAAGAAGCAAAUCUCUUAGCAACCUGGAAAAAACUGUAGAAGAAGACAACAGCGAGGAGGACAGUGGUCUGUCUGGAGGGUCAGCCGCACCCCUGCCCACACCUCUACCUCUCAGCCAAUCGUGGGAGUCUACACUGGUGAGCGAGAAUGAAGGAAGAAGAGCAAGAGCAACUGUGGCCGACACGUGGGACGCUGGGGGUACCUUCUAUGUCGAUCACAUAUCAAAGAAUAGCAGACAGGAUCUUCGUGCUCAAAACAAGGAGACAACUUCCUGCUCGCAGCUUCCAGAGUUCACGGAUCAGCCGAGUCAGCUGAGAGGCUUUUCUGUGCACACACGUCUUUCUAAAGGCCCGCGAGGCUUCGGUUUCAACAUUGUAGGAGGAAGUCGAGCACGGGAGUUCCUGCAGGUGUACAGCGUCACACCUGGAGGUCCACCCAGUCUCAACCAAGCUGACAUCCUGGUGUACAUCAACGACACGUGUGUGCUGGGUCGCUCACACAAGGAGGUGGUGGAGAUGCUCAAGUCAGUUCCAAUGGGUCAGAGUGUGGACGUGGUUCUGAGGAGAGGAUACCCGAUGCUCUACAACCCGGAUGGUUGCCCCAAACACAACCUGGACACGCCACAGACUCCUCCCCCGAAGCAGAAACGUGGGCCGCUGACGUAUAGUCAUGUGCAGGAUGGUGGCAGCAGUGGCUCAGGACUCCACCAAGUCCCGCCCUCCUAUUCAACUCAGCCAAUGACCAAUGGGCUGACGGGUCCGCCCACUCCCACUUCCUCAGACCCCCCUGUGGCUACUACUUCCGCAGAGAGGAUGUCAGCCAAUCACAGCGACUCUGACAGCAGCACCCGAAGGUCUUCUGUGAUUGGCUACAACAGCAGCACUCUUCCCGCCCUCUCCUCCUCGUCUUCACUCCUCCAGCAUCAGAGUUCCAAGUCUUCAGAGAGCGACUUGUCGACAUCCACCCUCCCAUUUCCAUCCUCGUCCUCCCAUGCGCUGUCCAAACUCGCUCAGCCUGAGACUCCACCUCCCGGGGGCCCUGCUCAGCGGCCCCCAAUGCCCCAGACCUGCCUCCCUCCCGUGCCACCUCAGGAAAUCCCGACCUGUGGUUUCAACGGGUGCCCGGCCAAUCACCAAGUGUCACCGCAGGCCCCACGUGGGAACACAGACCUGGCACCCACUCUGACAGCAGGGUCGCCCCCCGCGGGUGAGCUGGUGCCCGUGGCGCUGGGGCGCUGCGAUAGUGGGGGUCUGGGUUUCAGUAUCACGGCAGGGGGGCUGGGAGGUCAACUGGCGGUUGUGAGGCGGGUCUGGGACCGUAGGCAGUGCCCCUCCCUGCAGGCUGGGGACACUGUGGUCAAGAUCAAUGGCGCCGACGUGCAGAACCUCAGCUUCUCCCAGGUCCAGAAGGUUCUGCAAGACCACUCCAAACAGGGAGAAAUGGUUCUGCUGGUGCACAGGCGAGCUCCUGUGGUCACACCUAACUUGUACAAGCCCCUCCCCUCUUCACAUGGCCUGGCCAGCCCACCAUCUCAGCCCUCAACUUCUGCCACCUUGCCUUCUCCAUCCUCUGGGGCAUUUGUGGGUGGCGUGCCCCCUCUCAGUCAGGCAGGCUUGGCCAUGGAGGCCCCCCAAGAAGGACACCUCCCAGCUGCAGGUGCGCUUCCCACCCAGCCCCCCAACGGUCCCCUCGUCUCAGGCCUCAUCCAGAGCACUAGCUUCCUGGACUCUGUUCCCGUCACCUUGACCUUGGAGCCACGUGACCUGCAGGGGGUGGAGGAGAGUGUAGGAGGUGCCGUCAAAGACAAGAGUGGGGGUAAGACCGUGGAGGUGGAACUUCGGCGACGGCCUGGCGAAGGCUUUGGAUUUGUUAUCGCCUCCCAGGAAGUCAACCGUGGUGCUCCACCCACCUCUGUAAUGUCUCACCGCUUUGUGACGGUGAGACGAGGCAGUCCAGCCGCACGCAGCGGACUCAUCCAGCCCGGAGACCAACUCGAUGCCGUGGAGGGACGAGCAGUGACGAGUCUCCAGCACAGAGACCUGGCACAGAUCCUGAGGAGGGCAGGAAACGCGUUGAGGCUCAGCGUGACGCCAAGAGCACAGACGGAGGCAGCCGACGUGGACAUCGAAAACCACUUCCCAAAGGGAUCCAGAGGGAGGUCAAAGGACGAGUCAAAGUUCUACACCGUGGAUCUAGAGCGAGGACCCACAGGUUUUGGUUUUUCUCUGAGAGGAGGCAGCGAGUACAACAUGGGGCUCUACGUGCUGGGACUCAUGGAGGGGGGGCCGGCCCAGCGCAGCAACAAGAUGCAGGUGUCGGACCAGCUGGUGGAGAUCAAUGGCAACAGUGCGGCAGGAAUGACACACAGUCAGGCGGUGGAGCAGAUCCGGCGAGGAGGACAUCGCAUCCAUCUGGUCCUGAAGAAAGGAAACGGCUACGUCCCAGAUUACGGCCCUGAGGAAGACUCCUCCUCCCGCCCCUCCUCACGGGAGGAGGUGCAGGAGGCUGUCACCAUGACGACCACCCCCCACAGCACACACUGGGGAGAAGGAGACAAUAGGAGGAGGAGGACCAGAGCAACCAAACCAAGAAACAGAGGACGACGAAGACCUCCUGAUCUGGAUCUGGACCUAGUGGAGGAGGAGAUCAAGAAUGAGGAGAGGAGGAAGAUGAAAGAGGAGAAGGAGAGGAGGAGGAGGAAGACGGGAAAGAAGGAGAAGAGCGAUGCAAAGAAUUGUGGGAGCUUGGGUGCUCCUCAGCAAGUGGCCUUCUCCUUCCUGAUGCCGCUGGACGCUGCAGAAGACCAGCGCCUGUCUGACAGCCAAUCAGAUGACAGCCAAUCGGGGGCCAGCACAGCACAGACGUUUGAUUGGAGAAUAGCUGGACUGAAGCAGCAAGAGGUGCCAGGCCCCUGGUUGGAGCCCAGCCCACACAAGCUCACGCAGGUUCUGACUGGCCGUCAUCUCAGUGGGCGAGGCCGAAUGGGUGGACUCGAUCUCUGAUUGGAUGUCAGCAGAGUCUUUUUUUUUUUUUUAGACAUUUAAGGGCUUUUCUAGACAAGACCCGCCUCUUCCUGCAUGUGAUUGGAUGCUAAGGAGCAAACUGGUUAGUGAACAAGAGAAGAGGCGUGGCCAGUGACACUUUAAAAUGUAUGCAAAGAACUCGGCUCAACUUUGACCCCGCCCUUUCCAAGCAUGUCAAUCAUUUUUUUUAUUUUUCUAAACUGAAAACCUUGAUAUAGUAUUAUUAUGAUGAUGAUGAAAAAAAAAAGAGUAUAGAGACUACUUGCUUGCUUGUAUCGGAAAAACCUUUAGAAGUUGAACUAGAGCCAUAUAGACACACGCCCAGUCCUGCUGGCUGUCAGUACGCUCAUUGCUACAGCUCAAUGACCAGUCUGUUUCUAUAGCAACAGCCAAGACGGGCCGGCAUCCUACAGCUGAGUGGUAACAAAGUGCCUCGUUUACUUCAGCCCCAACCCCCGAACCCUUGUCAUGUCCACUUCUUGUCUCUUUGUCUUUUAUGGCCUGAUGAAACGUUCAACAAAUAAUUAAACAUGUCGGUUUUCUUCUGUUUUGGCUGGAGGAAAAUGACAACUACAAGUCAAAUUUGACAUACUGUAUUAAUUAAAUAUAUAUAAAAGAGCAGAAAAGAGGAUAAUGAAAGCGACCUUUUAAUGCUAAUGAGCGAUGCUCCAAUCACAGACAGGAGGCGUGUCUCCGCAGCAAUGCAGGGUCAACAAUGCUUUCCGUCAGGGGCAGGUCGGUUGAGAAGUCAGAGGGCGGCGCCUGCAACCUCGGGUGGGGAUGACCGCUACCCUUUUGAGGGAUCGGCAGCUCCGAGUGGUGAGCAGGAAGAGGAGAGCAGAAGAAGUACGGGUGGAGGAGAGCCUGCGGGAAGAAGUCUGUCAACAACAACAUCCACCCGUUAAUUGGACGCUUCCUGUCUCUCACCUGCUGGGCGGGGCAGCGCUGCUUGGACGGAUAAACCAGGAACUUGUAGAGCAAAUGGAUGGCCAGUGGGGAGGAGUCAGGGAUGAGUUCCUCCAACGGGAUGGCGGGAUUCUCCUUGAAGGUGAUUUUGUUGUAAUCUGGCAAGUCCGCCAUCUCCUGUAGUCGCACAAGGAAUGUCAGUACGAUCCUACUUCCUGUCUGACCAUCUACUGCCCCCCAACAUCACACCAUUAAGUGCGUUUAUGUUUGCAUGUGUCUUACAGGCCAGGUGUCGCAUGUCGGCGUCCCGAGCACCCUUAAGACACAACACAGCUGCUCGAUGUCGUUCUCUCCAGGAAAUAGAGGAGAGGAGUUCAGCAGUUCCCCAAAAAUACAACCUACCGCCCUGCAACACACACAUCCGUAUGUUCAAACCCACGCUAGGCAGCAGAUGGUCACAAACUUACCACAAAUCGACCCCCUUGUCGUAUUUUCUGGCUCCAUACAGCAACUCAGGAGCCCGAUACCAUCUAGACACACACACACACACAUGUUUAAAGAAAGCAAAGUGUCAUGCUUGACGAGACUCACAGGUUCUCACCUGGUGGCCACCUGAUGGCUGUACAGACGCUCCGGGUGCUGGCUGAGGAGGCGAGCCAGGCCAAAGUCAGCGAUCUUGAGGUGUCCCGAGGAGCUAAUGAGGAGGUUAGCAGGCUUCAGGUCCUACACACGUACAUGUAUAGAAGGAUCUCAGGGCUUUUACAGUGAAAUUUGUCAGCGUAUUCAGACCGGGUGCUUACUCUGUGCAUGAUGUUGUUGUGAUGCAAGAAAGCCACGCCCUUAAGCAGCAUCAGCAUGUAACCUUUGACCUGUGCUGUAGUCAGAGGUCGCUGGGAGUUCCUGAUGACCUCCGAGAGGUCAGAGAGCAUGAAGUCAAAGACCAGGACGAAGCCUGUCCCAUGAGGGAAGA